AUGCCGCCAACACUUUUAGAGCCUAAUACUCUGAAACAACGUAAUCGAAACUUUAUUGCCACUAUAUUCACCAGUGCCACACAAUUGAGAAAUCUAAAAAGGACAUUGAGCCUACCUGAGAGUGUUUUUCUCUUCUGUAAGAGGGAAGUUCAUCCCAGGAAUCAAUUGGCAAUGAGAUUGAGAAGGCAAUGUCAAGCAUUUCUUAUCUUUGGCAAAUUGAUGGAGGUCAACUAGUUUGUUGGUUAUCUAGUGAUAAUACAUGUGUUGCAAAUUUUGUUUAGUAAGAUAAGGUUGUAUAUAAAUAAGGUAGGAGAAAUUAUUUUUGAUAGGUAAGAG